UAUAAAAGUAGGAGAAAGGGGCAUGAGGUAGAAUGCAAACACUGUAGGAACAAGGUAUCUCUCUGUACUUUAAUUUGAUUAGUUUUAGCACUGCGUGUAUGCUAUGAGGACGACUAAUUUAUACAUGGCUGAAGCCCUUUCUAACCAUCCCCAUCUUCUUUGCUUGGCUGUUCAUCACAAUGAUAGUGUCUGUAAUCCUGGCUCUGUAAAGGCCCUUCUACCCUAUUCAGAUGCUUUUAGGCUUAUUGGAUGCAAUACCUGGCAAACCUUUCUGAUUUGUGUUGGAUGUCGUCCAAUGAAAACCAUAAAAACUGCCUAUGUAGCAGCUGCUCUGUUAAAGCAAGACCUUUUUGCCUGGUAACAAUAACAGCUCUUGCAGCAUUUGGCAUUAGGUUCUCUUUGACUUGUUGGCUGUCAGGCUCAAGAGCACUGGACUCCUGCAUGGUAUAGCCGGUAAUUGUCACCCUUUUAGUUUGUGCUGCUGACUUGAAGCAUGGUUGCGUCUGCCAAGUUUGUGCAUGGAGUGAGCUCAGGUGUUUGCAAGAUAAAUGGCUCAUUUAAAUUGGGAGCUACUAAAAUAUUCUCUGGCUGGCAAAUGCAGUGCCUAGCAGCAGUCAUCAAGGACGAACCAAACAUGAGCGGAGGAGGGGAACAGGUCGACAUUCUUCCGGCCAAUUAUGUGGUCAAAGAUCGCUGGAAAGUGUUGAAGAAGAUUGGUGGCGGUGGCUUUGGGGAGAUCUAUGAGGCAAUGGAUCUGCUGACCCGUGAGAAUGUGGCCUUGAAGGUGGAAUCAGCCCAGCAGCCCAAACAAGUUCUCAAGAUGGAAGUGGCUGUCCUGAAAAAGCUGCAAGGGAAGGAUCAUGUUUGCAGAUUUAUUGGCUGUGGAAGGAAUGAAAAAUUUAAUUAUGUGGUCAUGCAGCUUCAGGGGCGAAAUCUUGCAGAUCUCAGAAGGAGUCAGCCUCGAGGGACUUUCACGCUGAGCACAACGCUGCGAUUAGGCAAACAGAUUCUGGAAUCAAUAGAAGCCAUUCACUCUGUGGGAUUCCUGCAUCGUGACAUCAAGCCUUCCAAUUUUGCCAUGGGCCGCUUACCUUCAACAUAUAGGAAGUGCUACAUGUUAGACUUUGGUCUGGCCCGUCAGUAUACCAACACUACUGGUGAAGUCCGGCCACCUCGCAAUGUUGCUGGUUUUCGAGGAACGGUCCGCUAUGCUUCGGUGAAUGCACACAAAAACCGAGAGAUGGGUAGACAUGAUGAUCUGUGGUCCCUCUUUUACAUGUUGGUGGAGUUUGCGGUUGGUCAGCUUCCAUGGCGAAAGAUCAAAGAUAAGGAGCAGGUUGGCAUGAUAAAAGAGAAGUAUGAACACCGAAUGCUGCUAAAACACAUGCCUUCAGAAUUCCACCUUUUUCUGGACCAUAUUGCAAGCCUAGACUAUUUCACCAAGCCAGACUAUCAGCUAAUCAUGUCCGUUUUCGAGAACAGCAUGAAGGAAAGAGGCAUCACUGAAAAUGAAGCCUUUGACUGGGAGAAGGCUGGUACAGAUAUCUUGUUGUCCACUAGCACCUCUACUCCACCACAGCAAAACACUAGGCAAACAGCAGCCAUGUUUGGGGUGGUUAAUGUCACUCCGGUACCUGGGGACUUGCUUCGUGAGAACACUGAGGAUGUCCUACAGGGUGAACAUCUAAGUGAUCAAGAGAAUGCUCCUCCCAUCCUAUCAGGCCGGCCGGCGGAAGGUCUUGGUCAGACUCCAAACACCGCUUUCAAUGAGGCUGAAGUUUGGGAAGAGACAGAUGUGAAUCGCAACAAACUCAGGAUCAGCAUCAGCAAAACUCAGUGCAUGGUGGAAGAGGAGCAGAGAAAUGGUGUCUGCCCCAGUUCCCCUGUCCGAGUGCCUCCGGAGUCCCCUACUGCACAAGUGCGCUCCCUAAGAUACCGCCGUGUGAACAGCCCUGAGUCAGAACGCCUCUCCACUGCUGAUGGCAAAGCAGAUCUACAUGAAAGAAGAUCUCGAAUGGAUUUACCUGGCUCUCCAUCACGGCUUGUAUGCUCCUCCCAGCCAGCCCAGAUGCUGUCCAUUGAUACUGGCCAGGCUGACCGGCAGGCAAGUGGUCGGAUGGAUGUGUCUGCUUCGGUGGAACAUGAAGCCCUCAGCAAUGCUUUCCGUUCAGUGCCACUCGCAGAGGAGGAGGACUUUGAUAGCAAGGAGUGGGUUAUCAUUGACAAGGAGACAGAGCUGAAGGACUUUCACCCAGGUGCUGAGCCAAGCACCUCUGGAACCACGGAUGAGGAGCCUGAGGAACUAAGACCUAUUGAAGAGGGUGAGGAGAGAAGGCGCUUGGGGGCAGAUGCUGCAGUCAGGCCGAAGACGCAUGAUGGGCGAAGUCGGGGUAUGCAGCCUGUGACUGAGGAGGACAGUUCCCACAGACACGAAGGACCUUCUCAAACAGUAUCUGACAGUAAACACGAACAGCAAACGGGAAGUCCAGCCCACUCCCCCCUACAUUCAGCACCAGCUAUCCGACAAAGGAGACGAGAAUCUGAACCUACUGGUCCUCAGAGACAGGCAUAUAUACUGAAGUCAUUUGAAAUGAAUGGUCUGCCCAAGGCGGUGCCUUUAAGUUUGCCUUAUCAAGACUUCAGAAAAGAUGUGUCAGACUACUGGGAAAAGCCUAAGGUAUCCCAGCGGAUAAAGAAAGUUGAUUUCUCAAAUGUUGUCUUGACUGCUCCUUGCAAACCUCUGGAGUCUUAUCUGGAAAUGAAUGGAAAAGAGGAGGAGGAAGAAGACGAGGAAGAGGACGAGGAGGAGGAAGAUGAGGAGGAGGAGGCAGAGGAGGAAGGGGAUGAGAUUGACAUGCACAGCGGUUCCAGCAGCGACCUGAGUCAAAAAAGCACAGAGCGCAGCCAGGAGUGCGCACCAUCCACGCUCCUGGCUGAUGACCAGAAGGGAUCCAAGGGUCGAGCGUCCACUGCUGAUGGGGACCUGGAGCUGGAGGAAGGCUCAAAAACACUAGUGCUGUUUUCACCAGGUGAUCUGAAAAAGUCCCCGGUGACCACAGACUUGGCUCCAGAAGUUGAUCUGGGCACUCUUGCUGCACUGACACCUCAGAGCGAGCGGCCACAGCCUAUGGGUAGCCAACUGGAUGUAUCCGAGCCAGGGACCCUGUCCUCAGUCCUUAAAUCUGAACCAAAGCCUCCCGUGGCAGUGGCUACAGCUUCCUCCCCCUUUACCAAAGUUGAGCGCACAUUUGUUCAUAUUGCUGAAAAGACCCACUUAAAUGUCAUGUCUUCCAGCGGCCAGCUGAUGAGGCAUGAGGAAUACUGCCCUCCAGGCCAGUUUGAGGAGGUCAUUGUCGAAGAAGAGCUGGAGGACAACCUGGCGCUGGUAGAGAAUGGAAGCAUACAUUCGGGGCUAGAAGGGGCAGAGACAGAGAGCUGCGCGCUUUCGGCAAAUCCCAUUGAAACCACCUCAGAGACAGUGGGGGAGCAGCUGGCCCUUCCCAACGGCGUAGCGAAGCCUCCCGAGGACAAGCCGGAGCUCUCCGACAAAGUGGCACUCUCACUGGAUUUGGAAGAGCCUGGCAAGGUGGUUACGAGGGAGCCCGACCUUGAGAAGUCAGCGGCGGUGGGAGAACACCUUAAGCGAGCAGAGACCCUCCUCGACACGCUGCAGCAGGGCCCCAGGAGACCUCUGAGCUCCAGGUAUAGAAGUCGGAUACCCAUCUUGUUCUCCGAGGAGGACACCGGCUCAGACCUUUCAACUUCACUCUCGGCCAAAGAGAGGCUUUAUAAGAGGGCAAAGCAACCCGACUUGGCUCGCCUAGUGAUGGAGAAGAGGCAAAACCGCCUCCUUCGGCUGGCCUCGGGGGCUUCCUCCUCAGCGUCCUCCAGCGAUGAGAGGCGGCGGGCCUCGGAAACGCUCUCGGCCACUGGUUCUGAGGAGGACACCCACGACUCUGACGACUCCAUCCCAAGGAAGGCAGGGAAGGAGAAGGCCGCCCUCCUGGGGAAGGAAGAGCGACCCAUAAGCACAAAGAGCAGAAUUCCUCGGCCCAUCACGCCAGUGAAAACACCAGUAGAGGCAGCAAAGUCUGAGAGCUCCAUGGCCGUCGCCAUGGCAGUGCUAUGUAGCUCCCCGCAGGACGCGGCUGUUGCCUACAGGCUUCAGGCACAGAGACCAGCUGGAAGCGUCCCAAACGAGUGCCGAGCAACGCAGAUACAAAGUCGGCUUCCUCUUUCGCCGAGCUCCACUUCUUUUCCUCCACGGAGCAGCUCGCGGAGGUCCAGCUGUGCAUCCCCUCGGAGCCCUGUCCUUCCUUCAAGAAACCCCAGUGCUUCCCCAAGAAGCCAGCUGCCGCCUCGGAGGGAAAGUCCUUCUCCCUGCCGACAGCAUAAGCCAGGGACUGCUCUUCAGCGAGUUCCUCCUUCUCCCCGACCUCAGCCCCCAGCUCCGGCCCCGGGGCCGACAGGAGAAUCCCUGCCCUCUCCUGGUGUGGCCAAAAAACGACAAAGAGGAAAAACCCAGACUCAGAGUCCAGCAACCAAAGGAAAGCAGGUGUCCCUGGAAAGUAAGGCAGCUGCCAGAUAAUGAUCUUCUUCUGCCAGCCCGACAGACUGGGUAACUUCUGCAUAUAGUAUACACUUGAGAUGCUGCAGCACAGCCUUCCAUGCUGGACCCACGAGUGUAUAGCAGUAGCUGUACUUCAAUGCUUCACUCACUCUCACCCCACACCGUCGCAAAUCAGCUCCCACGGGCCUGAGAGCCUCUGAGCCACGGAGCCUUCUUCAAGGGAGACAUCCAGCCCGCAGCUCACGCUUGCUAAUGCACAGCACCAAGCAGCGACCCAGGCAGCCUGCCUAGUGCCUGACCCUCCUCCCUCCCCAGGCAUUCCCCUCUCUCUGUUAGCAAUACCAGCCGCCAACACCGACCCUGGCUUUGGAAAAAGGAGCGGAGGUGACGAGGGCAAGGCCUGCUGGAGAGGAAGGCUCCUGUCCCGCAGGCAGCUCCCUCCUGUCUCCGUGCCGGGAAAAACGCCAGCCUUGGCCGCCACCAUCUACCUGAGUGUUGGCUCGCCUCCUGCCACCUGUGUUAGCAAGGGAUUGUCACCAGCUUAGCCAAGAGGGAUGGAUGCGUCCUUGUGUGCCGAGAUAAGAGCAGGGGCAGGGUGGAGGGGGCUUUUCUCUUCUUUCCAGAGAUGCCUCUGCAGGUGGGAAUGGGAGACAGGCGGGUCUUGCUGGAUGCUCCUACCUGCUCCGGUGUGGCCCACGGAGGAGGCCGUCUGGCAUUGCUGCUCGGCGACGCUGCUGCUGUUUCGGCAGACGCCUGUGCGGUGGGUAUUUAGAUGGAAGUAGGGAUGUAUUAGCUUGCUGGGAAGUCAAGAGCCCUUGCUAACUGGUGUAGAAGGGAGCACACUGCAGCCGCUUCUGUCUCAAAUACCAAACUGUGAUCUGUGGAGACCACAUCUCCCAACACGGGUGGUUCCUCUUGACCCGAGUGUGGUUGGUGCCACAGACCUGUAGUCCACCAAACACAGCUCCAUCCUGAAGAUGUGAAUAGUCACUGGAUGCCUUUAGCUUGGGUGCCCCUUGCACCUAAAUUCCUUGUGCUUUAUUGUCACGCUCUUGGUGUUUGUGAAUUUUGGCACUGUGGUUGAAAGUUCCCAUACACGGCAGGGUGGGAAAUUAUUAGCCUGUAGUAUACUCAAAAGCUGCUGCUUUGCGAGGAGAGGUUUGCUGGCACGCCGUGGGUACCUUGCGCAUUUCUAUCCGAGAGUACAGUGGGUUGAGUUGCAGAGGCAGGGUUUAUGUCUUUCUCAGUGCUCAGCUCUUCCACACGUUGCGUGAGAACUAACAAUGUGAACAUAAAAGCAAGUAAUAUUAUCAGAGCAGAAGCUUAGCGCUCAGCUAGAACUAAACCAACCAACUUUUUAGCCCCCAGACUAAUUAGGAGGGUUUGAAAAUGAAAGCCAGGAGGACUGAUAUCCAUCUGGGCUUGAUGAGAUCUUGAAGUGGUCACAAAAUUCUCCCCGCACCUCACAGGGGGAAACACUCCAGACCCAAAUACUUGGGGCUUCACACCAUUGUCAUGCCUAAAAGAGGCUUUGCAUGAGGCAGAACAGAAAUAUGGCUGCUCUGUACACCCAUUCCCACAGCUGCAACUAGCUGCAAAUAUUUACUAUUUGCAGACAACAAAGCUUGAUAGAGGAAUCUGGGCAGUGAUAACUUUGAUUCAUUUGAACAUAGAUACAGUCACACUGAUGGCCAUCGAGUCCGAGUAAUCCUGAAGUUGUUCACAUCUACAGGAACUGUUCUGGAAAGGAGCAUGAGAGCUGUGACGGGGUAGCUGGGAGAAAAGGGUACUCCUUGGACAUCUGAACAGGGAAAUGUCUAGAAAUAGGUGACAGGAAUUGCCUCUUUAUAUGACAGUCUCAGUGUUAUCAAUGCUAAGAAUUUAUUUCAUUUAGCUCAAAGUGCUGUUUUCCAUUGACGUCGUUCACCCUGGUAGAGUAAGAAGCACAGCUUCUAGUCUAAAAACAUGCCCUCAUCUUUGCAGAGAAGCAUUGGGACCUCCAAGGUCAGGUUGUGGUUUGAUGGACUGAGCUGAUGUUGCCACCAAAAGCAGUGGUCCCUCCAAGUUCCAGCUGCUUCGUUGCACUAUCCCACCCCCUUACGCUGGGGCAGCUAUUUGGCGAAGCGGCUGGAAAUGCUGAUCCAGCAUGACACCAAGCACUCUGGUUUGCUGGUUUGGUUUUCAUCUGGUUCAGUUCAUCAGUCUGGUUCAGCAUCUGGUCACACAACAGAAGUGGGGAAAGGAGAGGACAGAGAGUGUGACCACUUCUUCUGGUGGCACUAUAACUUCAUGUGAGUUUGAAUUGUGGGUCAAACUACAAUCUAAAUAUGCCCUGCAUGUUUAGAAACUAGAAAACAGAAUAAACCCAAGAAAUAAAUUCCAGAAAUAUAAACCGUAAUGGCACUCCUAUUAAUCCGUCGGGGGAACCAUUCAUUUUAGAGUGCUCAGAUGGUAAGACUUUGUCGUGAAGCCUUUACCAGAUGCUCCAUCCAGGUCUUAGAUGCACAUGCCAAAAAUGACAUUGAAAGAGCUUGGAAAGAGGGCUACAGGACUAUUAACAGGGUUAGCAAACCUGCCUUAUCAUGGGAGGCCAAUAAAGCACAAUCAAUGUAUUUAUUCAAGAGAAAGUUUAGAGGAGAGUUUUCCAUGGCCCAGGUAUACCCAUGUCAGGAAGGAAGCUCCAAGGCAGAGAUCUUCCAUCUAGCACAUGAAAACAGGGAAGACGGAGUAGCCGAGAACGGCAGAUGAAGAAAUCAGGCAGGCUUUUAGUUGCGAAGCGACUGUCCAGUGAAAUCUUUCACAGGAAUGUGUGGACUUUUUCUUAUUAAAAGGUUUUCUGAGAAACCUAGCUGUCUUCUAAGAGGUCUUCCUACCAUGACCCAACCACAAGUAGCAGGCAGGAUGCUGGUGACACCAAGGUAUCCUCUCUCUUUGUGGUGCAGUAGAUUCCUGGUCCUGCCAGACAGGUGCCAAAGCUGUCACACGUUGGAGAGCCACCAGACGGGUCCCGCAGGUUUCGGAAAGCCAGUGAAAGAUUUCCAGCACAGAAAAUAACAAGCCGUUCCCAGUGUCGUUUGACAGGGCUGGGCUGAAGGUGUAGCUGGGUCUACAGAGACCUAGGACUGCCGUGAAUUGUCUCUCCUCGUGGUUGUGCUACCAGGCUCCCUGCCCCAGCACAGCCCUGCUUCCCAGCUGUCCCUGGCACGGAUGGGAGCAGGAAAGUGCGUCAACAGCGUGGUGCCCCGCAGCCCGGUCAUUUUGGAUGAGAGUGGGCUACACCAUCAGGUGUGAUGGCAGUAGAAGUUGGCUGACCGCAGCAAUGCUUUCUCCCCAGAAAGCCUGCCCGGGAGCUGCCGGGUGCUGUCACUGAAAGGUUUCCGAGGGUUGUUCUUGCAAGCCCUGACUGUCCAACAGGUUUGGGUCUCUGGACCUUCUCCCCUUCCUAGUGGCAAGUGAUGCUGUGAUCUUGGCUGGAUGUCACAUUGCCUCUUUCAUGCCUUCACUGAAGUUAUUUUUAACAGAAGCUUCGGUGCUGGGCUCUUCCAGUCAAGCGGAUAUCAAGAAUUUGCUAACAAGAGGUGACCCUCAGAGCUGUGUUUCGCUGGCAGAGCCGGUCACAGGGUGCUGCCUGGCCCAGGCACGCUCGUAAGCCCCCAUGUUAGCAGCCCACGUGCUGCAGGAGGUGAUGGUUGAUCCCUCUUUCAGGUGUCAGCAGAGGGACUCGGAAAAGCCCCUGCCAUGCAGGUGCUGCUCUGGAUCUCCUCCCUGGCUCCGCUUCUCAAGGUUUUGCCCUUUAGUUGCUCAGUGGUGAGCGUGACCUCAGGGUUCUCCUGUCACUGGGGUGCUCAGCACACCCUGGUUGCAGGAGUUUCCAUUCCUCUUGUGUGUCUCUCUGGAGGGAUUUUCUGGCAGGCAGGUAGACCAGCAGUGAUGCUGUCUGCUAGCGUUACUGUGAAAACACCUCUGCCAAAGGGUCAACAACUCCUCUGUGCCCUCUCGUCCUCUCUUCUUCCUCCAGGGAGGCUGGAAGGGCACCUGCCAUAGCCGGAGCAAAUAUGGGAGAUCAUGUCUGGGGGCAGGAAGGGAUGAGGCCUGUGAUGUUAGGGAGAAGUUAGGUGGUUAAGGGAUGCCAGACAAUCCAGUCUGGCAUCGUAGGACAUGGUGGGCUGUCCCAUCCCAGAAGGACGGCAGAGGCAAGACCCUGCUGUUCUCUGCCAUGAAACAUGGUGUGCAAGUCAAGCCUCAAGGACACGUAGGGCUGCUCAAACACUGCUGGUGGUGUGCGGCUGCUUCCUUGCUUCACUGCAAAGAAGAGAAGAUCGAGCUGACCAGAGCAGAGGAAACGGCUAGGAAGAAUAAGGAAAACUGUUUGGGGUCGGGGGAGGAGAAGCAGGCUUCCCAGCAGUUUCCCAUUUUUGCGGGAAUUUCGGGGAACAGCCUGACACUAUGUGGUUUCCCAUCGGUGUCUUUGCUGCAGGGUCUGUCCUGGCCGGCUGCAGAUGGUUGUGCCCGUGUGUGUUUUGAGGGACAGGCUGCCACCGUGCUUGCAUCAGUGCGUGCGUGUGCUUGGGUGGCAAGAACCGAUAGGACUUGUUCAGGGGAGCGUUUUGGGGUCCUGUGUGUAUUGGGACCAUAAGUGUCUUUGGGAGCGCCUGGUAUCAUACGAUAAAGCAAACGCUCUGCUGAGAGUUUCACUUUGCUGGGGUCUGCAAAGGUCCCGCCUGCUUUCUUAGCUGCCAGCUGAGAAGAUGGCACGCUGGCUGGUAAAAAUGAGUCAACGGCUGCUGUCUGGCCAGGAGAUGUUUGCAAAGAAACAGGGAUACAGGGAGGAUGUGCCAAGUGGCAAAUCUGAAAGACAGUUCUCAGCGCUAAGCUAGUGUGACGACAGGUUAUAUGAGCAGAGGGAGCAAAAGGACCGAUGGCGAAUCAGAUUAAUGCUGUGGAGGGGCUUGGACACAUGGAUGGAGCUGCUUAACUGACCCGGCUGGUUGGCAGCACAAACACUUCUGCUUGUCUUGGUGCAAAAGGUGUUUUGGUAGCAGACCUCUCUGAGUCAGUUGUGCUUGGAAUCUGUGAGAGGCAGGAGACUUUGCUUGCCCUUUCUAAGUAAAGAAUAUUAUAAUAUAUAUAUUAUUAUAACAAUAUAAUAUAAGUAGUGCCCAUUAUAUAUAGUGGCUAAAGGUUGAAAAGGAUCCUGCUACCUUCAAAGAAGUGCCCUGACGCUAUGUGACUUCUGAUGUGUGCAGGACUGACUGCUGUGUGCGGUGGAUGUGGAUGGAGGAACAGGGUACCACUCUACCAAAGCGCAUGUGAGCUAUGAGGCUCCACUCGCCUGAGCAUGAACCGGGGGCAAAACACCCCAGCUUGGAUGGUUGGCAGCCGUCAUGCUUGCCAUCAGAGUUGUAGUAACUGGUGGGCUGCCACACAUCUUUGUGUGGCAUGGAUCGGGGUCUGGAGAGUCCCUGCUCACAUAGCUGCCCUUGACUAACACAAGCAUGGUUUGUUUGCUCAUGAAACGCUUCAAUCCAAAGCAAGUUGUGUUGGGGCAAGAAAAUCCUUGAUGUUUCUCCUUUCCAACAUGGAGGUAUUUUCUCAGUGUAGAUCCUCUGUAAGAAGAUGGCUAAGUAUCUAUUGAUAGCCUGACCAGCUCCAGUAGCAGCUCGAUGGUCCCUUAGCACACUUCUUCUCUGUAUAGUUUACUGACCCAUGGCAUGAUCCCACCACUAUUCCAUGUGCACAGACACCGAUGCCCACCUACGGCCUUGCCCCACACAUCAAUCAACUGCAGUUAUAUUAACCUUGUGAACACAGUAAAAGUCCAUGUUGUGGACAUGAGUUUGGUUUCAAAUGCAUUUCUUCCGGCUUAACUGAAACAUGCCUGUGCUGCAGCAGCGCUAGGCUGGUUUCACAAAGCACACGGGGACCGCUUGGGAAUUUGCAACCACCUUCGAUUCCAUCUGUUUGCCAGCUACUCCGACAUCUGCACACAAGGGAGAGAGCUUGGGCUCCUGUCCAGGCCCUUUCCUCUUGCGGUGCGUGCCUGUACCACUGAUACUGGGUGGGUGUCCAUGGGCUCCCAAGGUCCUCUACAAAACCCUGAAUGGUUCUUUUGCUCUUCCUCAGCCUGUUGCUGCGCUCUGCGGGGCUGGGACCAUGCUGAUAGUAACGGCAGAGCCAGCUGACGUUAAGACAGGUUGGCAGAAUCUCCAUGAGCAUUGGGGUUGGUAUCUUUGUGAGGCCAGAGAAUAGCCCUGGUUGCAGGCUGUGGUGAGCUGUGAUCCCAAGUAGAGCCAGAAUCCCAUGGAACGACAGUGAUUGGUACCCCAUAACUCUCCAGUCCCCUCAUGCCUAAUAUACCUCCUCUAGCAAAUCUUGUCUCCAAAGUCACUGUGUACUCCCUGCGGGUCAGUCCCUCUCUGGGGGGCUUGAAGCCCUCCUGGAUUUCUGCAAAGCUUGGGGCAGAUUUGGCCGCCAACCUAUGCAGCAGGCCCUGCACCAUGCAGGCUGGUGCUCUGGGUUAUAAGGAGGAACAUUAUCCCUUUUAUUUCUGGAGCUGCAAAUGUCUGGAAAGCAGGUUUGAAGUACGCAUUGAUGCCCUCUGUGCUAAAAGGAGGAAGGGAGCUACCACAGCAAAUCCAGAUGUGGGUUCCUGGUAUGGACCAAGGUGAGAACUCCUCCUGCUCUUAGCUCCUAAAUCAGAGGGGGCUGCAGGGGGCAGAUCUCUGCUUUGGCGAGGGUACUGCUGGUCUAGUAUCAGCACGGGGCUUGCCAGUAGCUGCUCUGCCUCUGGUUUGCCUCGUAUUGCCUCCGAGCGCAAGGAGGUCCGACGCAAGGUCGCUGGAGGAGGCAGGGGCUGACGUUUACUCAGCACUUUGGGUAAAUGGCUGCCGGGGUGCAAGGCAGAGGCUCUCGGACCAUCGCCUGCGGAUGGUGUGAUGAGCUCUGCAGGACGUGGGGGUUUAGGCGAGGAGUCCAGGUGUAACAGUGUGCGUGAAAACCAGUGUCAGCGACACCGCUGUGCUAUGGGACCUGGGCUGCUUCUUCUCCGGACAGGAAUUGGAGCUGGAAACGCAGAUAAUUUUGUAUAUCUCCUUUUAACACGAUAGCAUGUGACUCUACACUCGGACAUUGUAUCUGGCACACCUACGUUGUUUUCCUUUGCCUCUGGCACAGUCUGACAAAGUCUUUUGGCCUGGAGACAGGACUUCUGCUCCUUGGUACUGCCUGCCUGGAAAUGCGACUGGGUCCCAAGGCUAAAUCUCUCUACAUAUCUUCUUUGCAUUCUUUAGGAAAGCAGCUGGAGAAUGUUUACACACUGCAAACAGAAUGUACGACUCCGACCGAGGAACCACAAUCCGGUUCAACUGCAUGGCAAAUUUCUUGGCCAUAAAAUCUGGCAUGCAUCACAGAGGCCCUGUCUGUGUACAGAUCCACCUGGCAUUUGUCAUAACUUCUUUAAGAUCACGUCUUAAAAAAAAAUAAAUGAUGAUGCCAUUUCUUGUUCAUAUCAGACACAGUUGUCAUUAGAUUUGUUAUUAAAAGGGGAUUCUUGAUCAUGCCAUUAAAAGCCUGUCUACCUUUU